AUGGAUCAAACCAAAGGAAGAAAUGUGAAUGCUGAAGCAAGUAUACGAUCAAAGAAUCUAAAAGCAGAAAAGGACUUGAAUGGAAACAAAAUUAAACCGAGCAAGAUACCGAGACGUACGCCCAUGUUAAUCGGUGAAGAUUUGGACUCGGUUCAAGAAACGCAACAAGUUGCAACCAACCAGUAUAUACCAAUAGGCAGGAAUAUACAGAGAGUUCAGUUACUGAUUCCAGAUAUUUUCCCGGAAGAAAAACAAGAAACAGCUUCCGUGGCCUCGUCUAGACCUAUACCUACCCUACGUCAGAUUUACGGCCAUGUCAACAUUAUCGAUAGCUCUAGAUACGAUGGUUGGCUGAUGGGAUUUGAGACACCAACGACCGUUUUCUUAAUAGAUUCUAAUCAGACAAGCCUUUACAGUGAUUAUGUGGACGAUAGUAAUUCAAACAAUUAUGACAGUAACACAAGCAAUUUUUCCGAGUUAAGUACUUUGGAACAACCUACAUCACAUACGACCGAUGAAUUGCAAAGCGCAACAACUUCUUCGGUUAAAACAGGGAGUGAAGAUACUAGCAUGUUGAUAUCCGAAAUUGAAUUUCCAUCAAGAGAUAAUGAAUCUGGAUACCAAUCAAUGACUUUGACGAGCAACAACCUUGAAACUUCUUUAACUUCAGACCGUACUGAAAGGUCAAUGAGCUUGAACAACAAUGAAUUAUUGGAAGCGGUGAAGUUAGAUCAUGAAUUAAACAGUACAGUGAGCUCAAUCAACAGUUACUUGACGAGAGUUAUUGACACUAAGUUUGACAACUAUAUUUUGAAUACACCUAGUCAUCCAAUCAAUGAUGAUUUUAAAAAUUCUAUGUUUAUGAACUACGAUCAGUGCAACAGGGCAGUUAGUCCAAUAAACAAUGAUUUAAAGACUCCUGUUAUAAGAAGCAAUAACGAUAUUGUCCGAUCAAUGAGUUCAAGUAACUCUAAUAUAAAGAAACUUAUGAGUGCAGAUAACAAGGAAAUUAGUAAAAGGAAUUUAAAUAACAAAGAGAUAAACAAAACGACCAUUUCAAUGAAUAAUAAAUUCAACUCUAUGACCAACAAGACUACUGAGUCAAAUAAACUACUAAAUUUGCCUAAAAAUGACACAAGUGUGACUGUUAGUCCGAACAAAUCUCGAAUACAAAGUGCAACGUAUCCAGUGAGUCUCAAUAAUGAGUACAAUUUGAUGACUUCAAAACAGAAAGAGCAAAAUGACUCGAGUAACAAAGGCUGCAUAUCUCAUUGUUGCGGCAAAAAGAGACUAGAAAGUGACAGUAAAUUGGAAAUUAAAAAGUCUAGACCAUCACAUGACUACUAUCAUACAUAUAAAAGUUCAAAAGAUUCGAUCACAGGAAAAAAUAUUAUUUCAAAUACUGUUUCAAUUAUAAGCAACCAAUCUACAGUUGUUAUAUGUAAAUCUCCAGAAAAGGAUGACCAUGAAGCCAAACUUAGGAAUACUAAUGUCAUUGAUAAAUGUACUGGCAACACAAAACCAGAUGUCAAAUACUACAACUCACAUGGUAGUGAUUCAGUACGAGCUGUCGAAGAUAUGGCUGUGCCGUCAUACACCGAAUAUUUAUCUGAGAUUCUGCAAAAAACUACAAAUUUUGAAGCAAUGGAAGGAUUGGAUUCCAAAUUUAGUAGCAACAAUACCAUCAUUGACAUCCAGGACAAUUUGCCACUUACGGGGACUAUAGAAACUUCGGAAGAGCUAGGUGCUCACAACCAGUCAAGCUUGCAUCGGGCAGAACCAUCACCUCCACAUAAUAUAUACUUAGGCACGGAAGCGUGGCGGUGUCGCAGUGACAGGAGCGCAGAAUGUCAUCGAGAUUCAAGUCUUGAAAAUAGCGUACCAGACCGUCACUCACGCGUUCCUUACUAUUUGGGCCACAGUGACCAUCGUAGAAGCUCAAGAUAUAGAAAAUUUCCAAGUAACAGAUUCAAAGCACCCAGAAUCAUACCACGUUGGCGAUGGCAUCCGUCGUACCGUCGUGUCUACCGCCGACGAUGGAACUUUAUGUGCAAAUCUACUCAACCUAACUGGACACACUGGUCUUCGUGGCCGCCUGCUAUUAGAAAAAAAUAUUUACUGAUGCAUUUUUUGCAACACUCUGUUAUUUGGGAAGAUGCUGUUGUACAGACCAACUCUCUUAUUAGCCAGGAAACAGGCACAGACUACCAGCUGAUGGCAUUGAAGUCCACUGCAAACUCUGCUAUAGCUUCAUUGCAGGAUAUUGGACCCAUCACCCGAGACCCGAGAUACUUCAGCGCACCUGUCUUUCCUUUUCUGUACAACUCAACUCUUACAUCUCGUCCUGUAAAUACACUACAUAUGGCGCCAGAAUCAAAAAAUAUUUCCUGUUUUGAGUCUCCCACAAAAAUACUCGUAUCUAUAGGAGCAAGUGAUAACGUACUGUGGAAUGCAAGCCACGGAAUUCAUAGUCCUCUAGAAGAAAAGUGCUGCCAGUACGAAGAAACUCUGCCUUCCAAAUCUGCAGCUAUAGGAAGAGACACAUCACACACAAAUUCAGAAAAACUUCGAAAGUGUCGAACAAAUGUCGAGAUAGCAACAAGCUUAGUACACUUUGUUGAUGUUAUAACUUCUAAAUAUUCAGAUAAACACCCUGUGAAACCCGCAAACAUUGAAAUAGCAACGAGUUUCGUACGACCUGUGGAUGUCGGAACUUGUGGUGCGGACCCAGACCUUCCUAUUAAAACUAUAAACGUUGAAAGAGCAACAAGUUUCGUACGUUUUGCUGAUGUCCAAACUUCGGAAUUAAUACCUAAGAAUACUAUAAAUGUUGAAAAAGCAACAAGCUUAAUGAAUAUGGAAACUUCUGGAAAUUAUUCAGAAAUAAUAACUAAUAAACCGGCGAAAAUUGAAAAAUCAACAAGCUUAUUACAACCGGUGGAUGUAGCAACUUCUGAUCAAAUUUCAGUAGUACUGCCCAUAAACACCAUAAAUGUUCAAACGGCAACAAGUUUAACACAGUUUAUUGAGACAGAAACUUCUUUCAGUUAUUCGGGAGUACUACCUACAUUCAUGGAAACGGGAACUAGUUUAAUAAAAGUUUCCGACAACGAAACUUUAAAUAACGCAGAAACACAGCCUUUAAAUACAGCAGAAGUUGAAAAAGAAGAAGGUACAAUACAAACUGCUGAGGUUGAGGAUACAAAUGAAGAAUCAGAAACACUUCAAAACGAUCCACCAGUUGGCAAAGUGACGAGUUUAAUACGUUUUGUUGAAGUUCAAACUUCUGGUGAAGGAGAUUUAUUACGUGCGCAACCUGAUAGUAAAGAAAAACCUCUGAUGGAAUCCAUUGGUUUAAAAACUUCUGAUAACUAUAUAGAAAAUAUUACUACUACAGCAAGCGCUGACAGAGUAAGAAGUUUUAUACAAAAUAUGAAUUAUGAUGAAGAUUUGGAUAAGACAACAGAUACGCAAAAUUUAAGUUCUUUAAUCGACGAAUGCAGCAGUAAAUGUAGCUGCAGCUAUAACUGCAGAAAUAUUUCUAACCAGGUGUCAACUUUACUAGAUUCUGAUAACGUGGGAUAUAUGUGUUCAGGCUCUGGUCACAGAAAGUCUAUCGAGGAAGUCGAGAGAACCCACACUGAAAUGAAAGCCGUUAAUAUGCAAACAUCGAAACAUAGUUCAGGAUUAGAUGUCAUUUCACUAAACUAUGCCGCCACAAACACGCCAACAGUAAACAAUACAAUUGUGAAAAUAACCAAAGAUACAUGGACAGAUGUUAACGAUCAAGGAACCGAAUUGGAUGCAUCACCCACACCAAAGCACUCAUCAAAAUCAACGGGACGAAAAAAUGAUAACAUCACAUACUACAAACUUUGUCGUAAUAAAGAUAAUGGAACACAAAAGUCUCAUCAAAGUAUGUCCGGAUUUAAAGUGGCUGUCAAAACACCAACGCUUACUUCAAAAGUCGAAAAAAGAUCUACUACUUUUCGAUCAGAAAAGAAUGAAAAUGGAUGUCAGACGAUAACAGGAGAAUUAUGUUACUUCACAGGUUCAGUCUCUGUUCAAACCUUAGAAAAAGGGUUAAUCCCGAUUGCAGAUCAAAGUGCUCUAGUUUCAGUACUUAGUCCAGGAGAGGUCAAAGAACAAAAUAGAGUUAUUAAAGAUGCAAAGAACACAUCAAUGCUGACAUCAACAGAACCGAAUAUAACUUCAAUAUCAUCUGAUGCUAUGCCUGAAAACACCAUAUCUAAUAGAGUAAUCAUAACCGAACAAAAGUCAGUAUUUACAAGCACUUCGAAAUACGGCACACAUCGAGAAAAACAAAACGAGGAAGCGGACAAGGGGGUGGUUUCCACUGCUUCGAAGUUAAUAUCUACAAUGAAUCCAUACACUGAAGAAAAUAGCCAAAGGGAUGGAAUCAUAGCAUGCGCGAUAUCCACUUCAGUCACAAAUUUAGACUCAUGUUCCAAAGAUACCGUCAGCACCUGCACCAGGUCUACUUCGGUUUUGGGAUUGAACAGCUUUCUCGAAGCAGAAAUAUUACUAAGCAACCUAAUAAAGAAAGCAUUGGUUGAUGUCGAUACACAAGCAUCUCGCCUUAUGGAAUUCCGGGACAGUAUCAAAACGUAUCCUUCAUUCGCUACUAAAAGUACCUACACAUGCGUUGGAUUGGAUUCCAAGUCCAUCUGGGUCAAUUCAUCUAAGGUGGCUAAACUGUGUCUGGAUACUUGUGUACAAGUCGAAGAUUCAUCAAAUAAAAUAAUUGAUAUAAAAGAAGCACCAUGUCGCAACACUGUUUCAUCUAUGACGUCAUACUAUGGUCAAACGGAAUCUGUACAAACGACUUUGAUCAAAAAGGAAUCUGAAAAAUGCGGUCAAAAUGUUUGCGCCUGUGUAGCUCCCAGCUCUCAAGAUUGCGAUACAAACACAGAUAACUUAUUCAAUUCAUCCCAUAUAAUGCAACCUUCUGUAUUGCAAGUUCAGAAGAGCGUUGAAGUAUCCAGCAACCCAUUCACCAACUCGCUCACUUCCAAAUCUCAACUUAAAAGCAAUCUCAAUAACCAGUUGAUCUCGCUGUCACGACUAAUCGGCACCAGAAAGAAAGCAAGUUCCUACAUUGACACCUAUGCUCCUACUGCAGUGCUGUCUAGUAAUCUCGAUGCCGAUAAAUGGAUGAGGGCCUGCACGUCUACGCAGAAAGAUGCUUACGCAUAUCAGUCAUGUAUAAGACCAGAGAAAGAGUUUGAUAGCUCACCGCUUCCCGCCAAGUCUUCAACAUCUGCCAUCUUCAGUUUUUUUGAAGAGAAAAAUUCGACUGUACCAUCUGAUGUAAAGAAUCUAAUAAUAAACGAUAGUCUCGCCGACGUACUACCAUUACAAAAGCGUAAUCACAACUACGAUAAACACAAACAGCUAGAACCGACAUAUCAAAUGUUAAUGGUGGACGCAGUUACAUCAGAUCAAGCUCUAACAAGGAACAAGCAAGAGUUUGAGCAUCAAGCGGUCCCAACUGUUCAUGAAACUGGUAUAGGUACAAAUUCAGAUCCAAUAUUUCAACAUAGAUCGGCGAGUGUUCUGACUUCAAAAUGUAUCCUUCCGACGUGUACGGCAUGUAAUUAUGUCCUGAAUUCCGGGAAAGCACCUCAUACACCUUGCAAAUUCGUGUAUGGAAAUCCUACAUGUGUAGUGCACAAGCAGUCCUCCAAUGUCGAAGUACAAACAACAGGAGCACCACGGGCACAAGUGGGUAUGGUGCAAGUAGAGACGUUAGUUGAACGCUCCGAUGUGGGUGUAUUGACACCGUUCUUCGGUAUGUUACCAGUUCCGGAGCACUUCAGUAAGAAAAAGUCUAGCGUAAUAGGAACUAUUUUGUCACCAAAAGUAUACAAAGCGCUGUACGACACUACUAAAAUGAUAGUCAAUGAAGAUACCGACGAACAGCCUGUAAGAGAUUCUUCUGCAGUACCAGCACCGGCUGCUUCUGACAGAAAUACACCAACAAAGAAAGGUCCAACUCCGAGUUCUAUGCGCAGUGGAGGCAUUCAUCACGAGCGUACUACGAAAAGUACGAAAACAGCAACCAACAAUACGGCGCAGACUUCAUCCAACCUGUUACGGACACAGAUAAUUAAUGUUCCGCUAGAAGGGAAAGCGACAGGAGACUGUAUUAAGAUUUAUAAACGAGACAGUCGGAAAAAAAGUAUUCAACAAAACAGUAGCCAAAACACAUACGAAUACAUUAAAGUUAUAGCACUAAAUGAGAGUAAAAUAGAAGAUUUACAUAGUAAUGUUUCUAAUGGAAGUGAAGGAAAAAAGUCUCCAAAUAUUGAUGAGAAAGAAAAGCAUGGGGUUGACAUAGAACAAUUAAAAGAUAUUCAAAUUGGAGAAGACCCCAAGACAAGCCAAGGUUGUAGAGAACAAGAUAGUCAAGAGGAUAAUAAACGAUUAGAAGCUAGCACCGUUAAACCAGGGGAGUCAGAAGAUCAUCUAAAGACAAAUCUAGUGACGUCAUGUCGCUAUUACAGUACACUGCUAAGUAAGCAGUUGGGAAAAGUGAAAGACAAUCUGACGAAGCAUCUAACGAUAGCUCCAGAGGAGAUUGAUGUCGGUGGUAACCAAGAUCCCCUUCUUUCCAUAUGUACUAUGAAGCCAAGUGGUCGAGAAAACCUGGCCUGUCAGACGGUGAAGAGAACAUUUCAGCAGGACAGAGGAAGUCAUCUCCGCGUGUUGUCGCCGGCCACUUGUUUAACAGACAUUUGUAAAAACGAUAAGGACCAUCUCAAGUCCGUGUACACUAUUCUGUCGGCUAUCGAGGGUCGUAUGCGUAGACUUAACAUAGAUAGUCGACAGUCUUUGACCCGGGAAGAUAGAUGGCUCUAG